GUUUUACUAAAGUAUCAGUAUUGCUAUUGUUCUCAGUCUGUCGUUAUUGACUGUGUGUUAAUUAGUUGACGCUAACCUCUAGAUCCUGGAGCAACACAUGUUCUCGGAAUUAAUUAAAUGAACAGUAGCCAGCCGGAAGGUUCUUCACUCCAUUUCAUAUAACAUCAAAAGGGCAUUUUUUGUAUGAUCUGGAAUGGAAAGCUACUUCAUGUGGUGAUACUUUAAGUGGAAAUAGGAAAUAGAAGUAUUGUGUUAAGGAUUCUCCAUUCCAGAGUCGGUAUUAUGAAUGAUAUCUAAAGUGAGACCUUGUAGUUACUUGCGCCGAUAUUGCUGAAACCGCUAAUUUACCAGUAGUAGAAACCGUAGGAUCUUGAAAUUAGAUUUCUAUUAGUGAAAUUGGUACAGUUUAUUCUACAAAAUAUUUACAGUAACACAAAGUGUUAUUUAGUCUAAUUAGAGUGUUUAAUCAUCUUAAGUGUUAAAGGUUAGAUUCCGUUACCUCGAAUUUAAUGGUUUCAAUUACGAUAACAGAUAUUUUGUGCUGAAGGCUAUCUGUUAAAUAGUCAUUAAGUUUUGGGGUCUUUUUUAAGGAGUAACAGGUGGAUAUCGUCUUACACGACAAUAUAACUGACUGUGUGUAAUGUGUUAAUAUUGUGCCAUAUUUUAGGAUUGUGAUAAAGAAUUGUUGUAAUCGUGAUACUGUUGUGGUUAUUUGCAUAACUUUGUUAUUUAAUUUAAUUUAAUUCUCCAUUUGGUUAGAGGAUAUUAUAAUCAUGAUAUACACCACCAUUUUACACAUUCUGUUUUUCGCCUACACAGUUCAUGUAAUUAGAUCUCAUCCUCAAUGUUUAGAUUUCAAAUCGCCAUUUUUACCUAGUCAAGCUCACCAGUUUUGUUCUCAAUAUUCAGAUUUCGGAUGUUGUACGAAAAGAGAUGAUGAACACCUUAAAAACAAAUUCGAAAAUAUAAGAUCGCGUGUUCGGUCUUCUACGUGGAACCGUUGUCAAGGUAUUCUCAAAGAACUGAUUUGCCAAAAUUGCUCCCCCUAUGCUGCUCAUAUUUAUGGGGUGGAAGACACAAGGGGCGAUAAUCCCUUCCCUGGUCUGUGCAGGAAUUAUUGUGAAACAUUGUAUGACAAUUGUCGAGAAAUUGUGCCAUUUAUUGACGCUGAACUUGGUAAUCGAGUCAAUUCUUUGUCUAAGAAUGCGUUUUGUGAGAAAGUAAAGAACGCGGACAUAGAUUAUUGUUAUCCAGACCUUCUACAGAAUCCAAUUUUAACGGGGAACGUUUCCAACACACAAAUAACUAGCGAAGGAUGUUUGUGUUUAGAAGAAUAUUUUACAGAUUUGAGAAAUCCAAUUUUUGCCAGAAGUCCACCAGAUGGCAGCAAUCGGAUGUUUAUUGGCGAACAGAUUGGGCUGAUAUAUGUGAGUUACCCGGAUGACAGGGACAUUCUCCCACAGCCGUUUCUUAAUAUAACACAAAAAGUCAAAACUACAGCAAAUGAGGGCGAUGAAAGGGGACUAUUUCAAAUUGCCUUCCACCCAGAAUUUUUGUCAAAUAAUAAGUUUUAUUUAUAUUAUUCCACACAUUUACAUUAUUCGGAAUAUUUAUCCCAAGAGGAAGAGAACAGAACUGGAAUACCUAGAGAUCACAAAGUUCGGAUCAGUGAGUUUGUCGUGUCGGAGUUGGAUGAGAAUUUAGGUGACCCGAUGUCAGAACGAGUCAUAAUCGAGAUUUAUGAACCAUAUUGGAAUCAUAAUGGCGGAGAGUUAUUUUUUGGUGAUGAUGGGUUUCUGUAUAUAUUUGUCGGGGAUGGUGGACACAGGGAAGAUCCAUUCAACUUUGCUCAAAACAAAUCUGUGUUAUUGGGAAAAGUGUUACGUCUAGACGUAAAUACUGGAGAUGAUAAUAUACCAUAUUUAAUACCCCGUGACAACCCAUUUAGACAAACAACCGGAGCCCGACCUGAAAUAUACGCAUACGGUGUUAGAAACAUCUGGAGAUGUGGUAAAGAUGGCGGCGAUAAAAUAACCGGAUCUGGGAAAGGACGAGUAGUCUGUGGUGACGUAGGGCAGGAUAGUUUUGAAGAAUUAGAUUUAUUAAAGAGGGGAGCUAAUUAUGGAUGGAAUAUCUGGGAAGGUACUGAAUGUUUUGGAAGUGAACAGGCCUGUCUGAUACAUGGUAGUUUAGAAGAACCGAUUCAUUUUUAUCCUCAUGCUGUUGGUAAAUCAGUGACUGGUGGCGAAUUUUAUAGAGGUUGUGAAAAUCCUAAUUUAAAUGGUCUGUAUAUAUAUGGCGAUUUCAUGUCCGGCCGAUUAUUUGGAUUGAGGGAAGACAGCAGUACAAGAAAAUGGACGAAUAAAGAAUUAUUUAUGUGUGGGUCUGAUAUUUGUAAAAAUGGUUUAACUGGUCAAUACGAGCAGUAUAUCAUCUCCUUUGGUACCAGUUCAAAAGAUGAACUGUUUAUGUUAACGACAGGAAAAGCUAAAACUAAUAAAUAUUUAGGAUCUGUUUUAAAAAUUGUUGAUCCAGCCAGACGGGGAAAUCCAGAAACUUGUGAAGCUGGUAGAACAAAUCGUAGAUUAAAUGUCGUAAAUGAUAAUACCGGCACAGUCAGUGAUGCCAGUGGCACAACAGAUCCCAGAAACUCAAGUCCUUCAAUUAAUAACCUUAAUAUUAGAACGUGUUCUAUGACGUCAACAUUUAUCUGUACACUCAUGGCGUUACGAUCCAUAUGACUAUUUUACUAACUCACCUGGUACAGGAAUCACCCGACAUCCACGACUAUAUUUGUAUACAGUUAUCUUUUUUUUCUGACGUUAUACAUCCUCAACACGUUAAAAUUUAGAUUGUCUGCCUGGUAUUAGAAUAGUAUCUAAGACCACAAAAGACAAGUUCAAGUCGCUGAUCAUCAUUUGCAUUUUUCGGACAAUAUAAUUUUAUGGAUUCAAUUUUCACAUUAAUGUAGUUUACAAAGGAUUAAAACAAUCCUGAAUAACGACCAGUGGCUUUAAUGUAUAUUGCCAGGCCCUUAAACAAUAGCUAGUUGACUAAUCUAUGGCCAUUAGGAGGAAACUGACUAUAGUUCAGUUAUAUUUUCUACCAAAGAUUUACAAUAACUGUUUUAUAAUUACUUAUUUUCUUCUGUUUUUGUAACCUGUACAUCAUGUCCCAACCUUUGUAUGUAACAUUGAAAAUAGUGCCCAGCUUGUAUUUUAGCUAAUCUCAACGGGGGUUGUUUUAAAGGGAGAUACUGCGAGAAAAAAACCUUGAAAUUGAUUAAUUUACUGGAGAUCAUGACUUGUACAUAUGAACUAAGUUAAAAUUAUUGUUUAAUGUCGACUGAUUAACUAUAUUCACAUCCAUCAUUAUGUAUUAAUUCAUUUUAAUUUAUAUUGAGUAUUAUUUCACAUCUGCUUGUCAGCUUUUGGUUGGAUCUGAAAGUUUUAGUUUAGUCAGAUACUUUUGCCUUAGUUAAAAUCAGAAUUGUUUUAAAUCCUCUCCUUACGGAUUAUAUUCCUUGGGUAUUUUACCAGACUUAAUUUUAGAAAAUCAGAACCGUAAAAACGUAACGAAAUAUAGUUAUAAUUUUAAUUAGAUUGCCGCAUUCACAACAUUGAACUAAUCCUUAAUCCUAUCCAGGGCUUCAUUGUGCGAUUGAUUUAAGAUAAAUGUGUUUAAUCUACUUGCAUAAUCAUAUUGCUAUAUUAAAUCUUAGAUUGUAUUUAUGUGUAUAUCGGAGUAGCGAGAUAUAUGUGAAAGAAAUCCAGGAAUAUACACUUUCACUUCUACUUUGUUGUACUUUUGUAUUUUGUGCCCAUUGGCUAGCUUGCUGAUUUGCCCCAAUAAUAAUUAGGAAAUGAUUAAAAAGAACUAACGUUGCUGCUAUUCAAAUAAUACGCAACUAUAUUCUGGAACGUUGAAUAAAACCGUUGGUUAGGUAACCAGUGACAAGACGAUACAUAAACCGUGUUUUGGUUGUGAAGAGUCCGAACCAGUGUUUAAAAACCGAAAGAUUUCGGAACAUCUUAAAAUAUUUGUUAUUUCUAUGCGCAUUUAUUCAGCUUAGUCGACCAGUGAACUACCCCACUGCGUCAUUCAAUAUUUGAUAUACGUAUUUAAGCAUAAUAAUACAAACUUUAUAUGGCGACUUGCAAAAUUAGCCAUAAUCUGCCUUCCGUUGGAAUAUGGUCUUAUUUGAACUUUUCCUGUUCACUAGUAUAUUUACUGCGACAGAUAUCAGUUGUUAAUGGUUCAGAUCUUCACGUGUGUGCCUUUUCUUUUGAUUUGAACAACAAAAUCUUGACAAUUUUAACACGCAAUACAUGUACUUUAUUACAAAUGAAUUGCUCACCAAUGUGUUCAAUAAAUUAAUAUACUAUAAA